UUAUUCACGAGCCAAAUUUGAAACAACAAGUGCUCGUCUUGGCAAGGCAAACACCACGGUUGCAGUCAACAUCUCUGCGACAAGAAACACGUUGGAUGGACUGUGUCUCUAACUGAAUUUAAGAAACUAAUGUCUGCCCCACCACUCACUGAAUACAUCAACACUGAAUUGAGCAACUAAGUCCAUAAGUCCAUCCGAGGAGGUAAGAUGUCGUCCCAGUAUCCGGAGCUGAAGGGCUUCUACCACCUGCGUGAAACCAUUGGUUCUGGUGGGUUUGCCAAGGUGAAGCUGGCCUAUCAUGCCCUCACUGGGGAGAAGGUUGCAGUCAAGAUCAUGGACAAGAAGGCUCUUGGGGAGGACCUGCCCAGAGUUAAGACAGAGAUAGCUGCCAUGAAGGAGCUGUGCCACCAGCAUAUCUGUAAGCUGUUCCAAGUGGUGGAGACUGAGGACAGGUUCUACAUGAUACUCGAGUACUGCCCAGAGGGAGAGUUGUUUGACUACAUUGUGUCCAAGGACAGGCUGGAUGAGGAUGAAGCUCGCAUCUUCUUCCGACAGAUUGUCUCUGCAGUGGCUUACAUCCACUAUCAAGGCUAUGCACACCGGGACCUCAAACCUGAAAACUUGCUGCUUGAUGAGGAUCAAAACCUAAAACUGAUUGAUUUUGGCCUGUGUGCUAAACCAAAGGGUGGGAUGGAGCGCCACCUGUACACAUGUUGUGGGAGCCCCGCGUACGCUGCACCGGAGCUCAUAUCUGGCAAGGAAUACCUUGGGGCUGAGGCGGACCUGUGGAGUAUGGGUGUGCUUCUGUACGCACUGCUGUGUGGCUUCCUGCCCUUCGAUGAUGACAAGAUACCUACAUUGUACAGAAAAAUACAGAGCGGCAAAUAUGACGUGCCUGACUGGCUGUCCUUGGACUCUGCGGACCUCAUCAGCCAGAUGCUGCGCGUGGACCCGAAGCGGCGCAUCACCGUGCAGCAGCUCCUUCACCACCCCUGGAUGACCAAGGGCUUCAACAUCCCCGUAGAGUGGAACACCAAGUACAAGCGGACAUUGGACGAUGACUGUAUAACAGAACUAGCUGUGCACUAUGGGAAAUGUAAGAUGGAGAUGGAGACACAGGUGUUACAGUGGAAGUACGACUACUUGACGGCCACCUACUUCCUGUUGCUGGAGAAGAAGAUGCGUGGCCGCCCUGUCCGCCUCCUCCAGAAGCCCACCAUCUCCUCCACCACACCUGCCCCCAAGAAGGCAUACACAUACAGCUCUGAGGAUGAGAGUGAUGUCAACCACUCUCCAUUCAUCAUCACCCCGAAGGAGAAGACAGAAGAAAGCAGACAAAAUGCAUACAACUGUCAACAACACGCCAAAGAAAGAGUCAAAGGGCGAGCCCGAGAGAGGCUUCCGUUUUCAGACAGUGGUGAUAAAGAAGACAAGGAAAACUUCCUCAUCCCACAAAUUCCAAACUCUCCUCGUGUCAAACAUCAGAAGACCCCAACUGCAAAUGCUGUGUUAAAGAAUGUUGCAGCCAAGCCACGAUCUCCCCUCAUGUCCAAACAGUUGCACAUAGCAUCCCUGGAUGACAGCAGUAAGUCACCCCUAGCAGGCUCCAAGGAGCCACUGAUUAUGACAGCACCUAAAUCAGCUCCACACAAUCAGAAGAAACAUCAGUAUGACUGUGCUGCUCUGUUUAAAGUGUGUACACCACUCAAGCCUAUUGACAACUCCUACAUGAACACAACACUAUCCCCAUCCCGGUCCUAUGACUCCCAGCUGAACAACAUAACGGUGGACACCGGAAUACACACUCCCAUCAGUGCAUCCAAGAAAGCGGCAUCAGUGGAUGAGGGCCUAUAUAAGGCUGGCAUGUCUACCCCCAGUAGUGCACACAAGUCCAAAAAGUCCAUGUUCGGCAGUCUGGAGAAGGUCUUCAACAUGCUCACACCAAAGAAACAACGGGGCAGUACUGCAGAUGGGCCCAGGAAAGUGAAGGCACUCCACAACGUGUUCCGAACAUGUCAGUUCAAUCCUGACUAUGUGCUGAAGAGACUGAGAGCCAUCAUAGAGGAGAAGUGCAUCCCCUACAAGCAGAGCGACUACGCACUGCGGUGUACUGUGAUGGAUGACUGGGGUCGAGUGAGACUAGCCUUUGACAUGGAGGUGUGUGCCAUGCCCAAGUCACCAUACAUCGGAGUGUGUCGCAAGCGAGUCAAGGGUGAUGUCUGGCAUUACAAGAAGCUCUGUGAAGAUAUUCUUACAUCUGCUAAGCUGUGAUAAGGUUUUGAAAGUCCUCCAAAGAAAGCCACAGUUUAUGCUGUGUAGAUUGUAAGAGUGCUUCAUUCCGAAACUACACCCAUCCUUGAUUAUGUGAUGGUAUUGAAAUACACCCAUCCUGGAUUAUGUGAUGGUGAUGUGAUAUAUAUUGUGACUAAAAUGUAAAUUUGUGCUAUUUUAGAAACAUAAUCUCGAUCAGUGCCAUGAUGGUGAGAAAAAAAAGAACAUUUUUCUCUCCUGAUUCUUGAUUUGUCGGGUAUUUUAUCUGCAUCACAGUGAGCAUCUACAAUGUUAGGACUGCAGUCAUGUCUGGCAAGUGGAGGCUAGCAGACGCUAGCUAUGUUUGCAAACAUCGCAAAAAGGAAGUCACAAGAUUUUAUUGAGUGAAGUUUUCAUAAAAUACAAAUUGGAUCCUCUGGGCCAUAUUGCAGCCAUCCCUGACAUGCAACAGUUGACUUGGGCCCCUUCACCUGUUUUGGACAUCUACCGGAUAUCACCUGGGUCAACCGGCUGACCUCUGCUCAUUAGGUGAAGAACACAUGGCCUGUCUGACACUAGGGAGAUGAAACAACAGAUUUGUAUUUGGUAUAAACAUGUAGCCCUACUUGCAAUAGUGAUGGUUGCAGAUAAUUCCUCCUGAGACAUUCGCACUGCAAGAUUCACACGCACACAGCCAGCCAGACUGUUAAGGAAUAGGAGUUGGUCUUUGAGCUGGAAUAGCCUUGUGCGAGGGUGUCCAGGUGAUAUUGUUAGUGAUGUACAUAUAUCUGUGUAAAGGACUUGAUUGCCUUAAGUUAGAGGGCUUGCCUCACGUCCUUUAAAUCAUGUGCUGUGUGUCAGUUAUUUUAAUCUCUGAUGUUUUUAUGGCUGCAUUUAUCCUGUUUAUAUGACUGUUUUAGAUUCUGUUAUUUUAGCUGGGCACAUUGUGAUCUGCUCAUUUUAUGCUGUAUAUUUUAAUGGGAGGUAUACACAGAUAUUAAAGUCACUGACAAAUAUGUAGCAAUACGUACAUACAGUAAACUUCGGUUAUAGCUAACUCAAAGGGACCUUUAAAUUUAGUAUAAAUGAACUUCGUUAUGAGCGCAUAUAUACAUUAUAUAUAUAUAAUAGCAUGUGGACUAGACAAAGAAAACAGUUCGUUAUAUCUGCCUGUUUGUUAUAAACGUUUACUGUAUUGUACUCAGGGUAUCUAAAACAUCACAUCUCCCUUUUAUGCCAGUCCCUACUGUAGGUCAACACAUGUUUCUUGUUAUUUGCAACAUGUACAUAAAAAUUCUACUUCAAAUACUGUUCAUGACUGACAGAGUUGCUUCCCUUCCCUCAAUACACAACAAGAAAAGUUUUUUAAGUAAUGCGGACUUUGAAUAAAUUAAAACCUCUGGAUCUGGUUCUACUCAAAUGUAUCUUGAAAAAUUCACUAAAGUAAUAUUAUAGUCGUAUUUCCUUUAUUUUGUAUUUCUCGUAAUGUAAGGCUUGGCAGCCGUUCUUGUUUUAUAUUCCUCUAUUCACUCCACAACUGCUGGAUUUCUGUUCUAUAUUUUCAGCACUAUAAGGCUAAUUCUUUCUGGUAUUGUCUUUGAAAGAUUUCUCUGGCUGAGUAUCUGUGAUAUUCUGUUUGAAUGUAAUAAAACUGAUGUGUAACAGGUACCUUUUGAUUAAGUGCUAUCUACAGCCCUGAGCAGUCAAAUGUAACACUAUUACAGUUUUAUGAUGCCAGCUUCGUUAUCAGCUGCAGGGUUCAGUGCAGACACAGUCUUCAGAUGUAGUGAAACUCCACCUUAGUAAGCCUUAUGAUAUUUUAAUUCGGGUGUAUUAUAGAAAGAUUUGUAUCAUAUUGAAGAAUUAUUAAUUUAAUAAUGGAGUUGCCCCACAACAUGUAACUCCCACCCAAACGCUUCUAGUGACUACAGUUGUAUUGGCAGGUUGUAGGUGAGUGUGGUGAUCACCCCCAGCAGGCGCCGCGGCACUCUCACUGUAGGGAAAACACAUGCCAGCAAAAUCAAUAUUCAUGAAUGAAUGCUUUUUUAAUUGAGUACAGCAAAACAAAACCAUUUAACAUGCAAAGCAGAUAUCAAUUUUCUGCAGGUAAAAGUUUCACCAAGGGUUGACACUUCAUUUAUCUUAACUGGUACAUUUGUUCCAGAUAACACUUUUGUUAUCAGUUUAGAUUGUUUAGUUGUUGAGGUGAGUAACUCGGAUCACUGAGAACUAUAUCUCUAUGGGUAAGCACAUGCAAUGAUGAUAUAUUUUUAGAUACUAAAAAUCUGAAGAUUGUCAGUUGUAGAACACACAAAAUCAAUUUCUUUUAAAGUUAUUUCAAAUGUAUUGGUGAAGUGAUCAACAGGUUCACAUUUCAAAAAGAAAAUUCAGUUUCAUUUUUAUGUUGAAAUGUCUUGUGUUUGUUAAUAUUACCAGUACUAUAAGCAUUUUAGUGACCUAACAGCCAUUUUUGCAAAACUCUGCUUAUGCUGACGUAUUACAACUGUGAAAUACAUGACCACCAGAUACAAAAAGUCAACAAAGUUAGGGAGAUGUUCUCCCACGAUCAAGCUCCUCAGAAAUAGAUGUAUCUUGUAAUAUUUGGAAACAAUGACAUGGGCUCCCUUAUGGUUAAGAAGAAACAAUUUUCCUGAAUAUUAUUGAAUUACUGAAGGCAUAUAUGUUGAAAGAGCACAUAUAGAUAAAAUGUGAUGCAUACUCAGGAAUAUGUAUGUUACUGACAUUUUUCGUCAUUUUAAGAAAGUUACCAAUCUUGGCAAUUCUUUCAAACGUUUUUACAAAUGCUGUCUGCAAAUAUAUGUGCAUUUUGCAAUGUCAGAUUUAUGUCGGUGUGCCCCAAGUCGAAUUCCUGUAUAUACAACUGUCUGUCUGUCUGUCUGUCUGUCUGUCUAUUGCUCUGUUUUCACUGUACAUAGCAGUUGUAUAGUCACUGUGACCACCUUGAGGUGCUAUCUAUACACUUAUAUGAAAUAAACCAUAGAAUAUUGUC